UUCCUCUUCCAUGAGAUUAACAGGACAGAACAAAUAAACACUACAAUGAGUAGAUAUUUGGAUUAGAUCGGGGGUAAAUUUCCCUCCUUAGACAGUUGUACCCUUUGCUUUAACGAGUGGCCUCGUGUUCACUCUGCUGGGAUUAACUAAGGAACUACCGGCUGUCAACUAAUUUACAGUCGAUUGUUUUGCCCAGAAGCGGAUUGCAGCCAUGAUGGCGUCAAGCUACAACGCUAAGGAAGAGGACGGGCACCACCCGGGCGCAUCGAAUAACGGGGGCGCCGGGGUCGUGAAAAGUAAAAAGCCAGACAACACCGCGUUCAAACAGCAGAGACUACCGGCCUGGCAGCCCAUCCUGACGGCAGGCACCGUGCUGCCCGCUUUCUUCGUUAUUGGUCUCAUCUUCAUCCCCAUCGGCAUCGGCCUGUAUGUCACUUCAAACAACAUCAAAGAGUACGAGAUUGAUUACACUGGUGUAGAAGUCAACAAUGCAUGCUACAACUGUGCCAAGAACUUCAGCUGGAACAGCACAACGCCAUGUCUCUGCUCGGUGCCCUUCACAUUGGAGCAGCCAUUUGAGAGCAAUGUCUUUAUGUACUACGGCUUAUCCAACUUCUAUCAGAACCACAGACGCUAUGUGAAGUCCAGGGAUGACAGCCAACUGAAUGGUGACCAGUCCGCUUUAAAGAGCCCCAGCAAGGAGUGCGAACCGUACCGCACAAGUGAAGGACAGCCCAUUGCUCCAUGUGGGGCCAUCGCUAACAGCCUUUUCAAUGACACUCUGGAGCUGUAUCAUAUUGAUUCCAACGGUACCAGAAAUGCAAUUCCUCUGGUAAAGAAGGGAAUCGCGUGGUGGACCGACAAGCACGUUAAGUUCAGGAACCCCGGUGGAAACGACAACCUCACUGUAGCUUUCCAAGGCACAUCUAAGCCGGUGAACUGGAGGAAGCCGGUGUUCGAGAUGGACCCUUCAGAUCCCGAGAACAACGGCUUCAUCAAUGAGGAUUUCAUCGUGUGGAUGCGCACCGCUGCGUUACCCACCUUUCGCAAGCUCUAUCGCAUCAUCCAGAAGAAGUCUAGCACGACCCCAACUCUACCCAGUGGCAAAUACAUCUUGGAAAUCACUUACAAUUACCCCGUGCGCAGCUUUGACGGUCGCAAGCGGAUGAUCCUGAGCACCAUCUCCUGGAUGGGAGGGAAGAACCCUUUCCUUGGCAUUGCCUACAUCACUGUGGGCUCCAUCUGCUUCUUCCUGGGUGUGGUUCUGCUCAUCAUCCACCAUAAAUAUGACACCCGCAACAGCAGUGCAGAUAUUCCAAGCUAAGCUGUGCUUGUACCACGUUUUCCUGUCUGCGCAUGCAUGGUUGACCCGAAAGGGUCCGUUCUGGACUGCUUGUUGACUUUAGCGUGAAUACACUGGUUUCUGUUAUUGUUGUGUGUUUGUGUAAAGACAGCAUCAUCUUUAGUGCGUCAUCGAAAGCUGUGAUUUUGUGAAGUGCAACGAAGGCAAAAGAAGGAUGCUCGAGUCUGUGUCUCUGUACAUAUAGCUUCAAAACAGCUGCUCGGAAUGUAAUUUCCUGUGUUCAAAAAAAAUUAAUUUAUCUUCUAUUUAUCUAUACACAAUCAAAUUAUCUGUUUUAUUUUAGCAGGGCUUUGCGAAUGGCUUAUUUGCUGAAGGAUGUAUGUAUUUUUAAUGCAAUGUUUGUCUAUAUUAUGUACUGUAAGAUGUCCUGCUGAUGAAUGUACCAUUAUAUUUAAUUGACAUACCGCUGGUUUUUGAGAUUAUCUUGAAUAUAGGAUGGUAAAAUCAUUGCUCGUAUGCCGCUGAUUAUGGUAAGCUGCUCUUCAACAAGAAUUAUUUUAUCCACUGAGAGUCCGAGUACUCCUCACAAGUACUACCACAAAAGUGUGGCUAUUUACCCUCUGCUUGUAUAAAGACUCUAAGCCAGUCAUUAGGUAUCUUAUUAAAAUCUGAUGCUUAUUAAUGGUGGAAUCAUAAUCUUACGCCGCCAUAUCAAGUGGUCGCAAUGUUCGCAAGACUCUGGGCAUUGUCUCAGGCUGAUUGGAGCACAACCAUGAUUUUGUUUUUACAGUUUGGCCUGAGUGUCAGAUUAUGUUGCUUUCUUCAAUGUUGACCAAAUGAUAUGCACUUUAAAGUGUCACAUUUGUUAGUCUUCCUCCUGGUUUCACGUCAUCUUCUGUUAAAGUAUUGCAUUCUUGAUUUAUUAGGUCAAUUGUUUAAAUUUGAAAUUUUUAGGUUUUUAUAACGUUUGUAGGGUCCAAUUAAACAACUUGGUGAAUGUA